AUGUACAUCGAGGCCCUGAAGCUCAACGACACGCCUAAGAGUCACGUUGUUGCUCUGGCGCAUUCACCAUCCGAGACGGCACAGGAUUGCAGCGAGGAGAUGUCGGCAAGAUACCGCGGAUGCAAACCCAUCUUGGCCGCUCAUCUCAUCUCUUUAUUCAUUCCGUUGAUGAGACGGGCGCUUGCGGCCGAAGAAUGGGGGAAGUCGCCCAACUGCAUCUCAAUUGACUUUGUAUUCUCGACCGCGGCUGCCAUGGCUGUGAGUGUGCUGGGAAAGAGGACUCGAGGCGCUUCCGACCUCCAGGAGCAGCAGCAGCACACCACCAGACGCUGCACAAGACGCACCAGAAGCUUCCGACAGGGCAACGACGAGAAUGAGGACCCCGAAACCACAAUCGACAUUGAGGCCGAGGACCAGUCCGAGUCGGAGGAAGUCGCCUUCUUCAGCCCAUCUGUCACCCGCACGCCGUCUGCACGCCGGACCAAAGACGUCUUCAAAUUCGAGGCUUUGGAUUAUCUUGCCAAGGUCCCAAUCACACCCUCGACUCCUCGUCACCGAGAUGUUUUCGCCAAAGCACCUGUCACACCCCGUCACCGGGUUAUGUCUGUGGGCAAGCUGUCCCGGCGCAUGACGCCCAAGACCCCCCAGACGCCUGCAUCAUCGCAAACGAUUUACCACCAAGCUCGACAACUCUUCUCGCGAAGCGCAGAUCCUGGCCAGCUUAUAGGCAGGGAGGAGGAGCGAAAGUCGCUGCGUAAUUUCCUGGGACGGAGCGAUUCAUCCCAGCCCAACGGCUGUCUUUAUGUCAGCGGACCACCAGGAACUGGCAAGAGCGCCAUGGUCAACGAGAUUUCCAACGAAUUGGUCGCCGAGUCCACCACAGUCCGGAAAGCCUACAUCAACUGCAUGAGCAUCAAGUCUUCUAAGGACCUCUACUUCACCCUGUUGGAAUUGCUGUGCGACGAGACUGAGGUGACCGAGGAGGAUGCCACAACGAUGCUACAGAAGAUAUUUGUGCCAAAGAGGAAGUCUUCGAGCGUGUAUGUGGUAGUGCUGGACGAGAUUGACCACAUCCUGUCUCUCGACUUGGAAAGCCUGUACAAGGUUUUCGAGUGGUCGCUGCAGAAGUCUUCCCGCCUUCUUCUGGUCGGCAUCGCCAACGCACUGGACCUGACGGACCGAUUUCUUCCGCGUCUCAAGUCACGGAACCUCAAGCCUGAACUUCUACCAUUCCUGCCAUACACCGCGGCGCAGGUCAAGAUGAUCAUCACGAAGCGCUUGAAGAGCCUGCUGACGGGCGAGCAAGCCGCUUCAGACUUCAUUCCUUUCUUUCACCCUGCCGCGAUUGAGCUAUGCUCUCGCAAGGUUUCCAGCCAAACAGGUGACCUACGCAAGGCCUUUGAAAUUUGCCGACGGGCACUUGACCUUGUCGAGAACGAGACACGACUGAAUGAGGAGAAUGAUGCGAAGGAUCAGGUUCUACAGAUGACGCCAUCGCGCAAAGUGUUGGGGGAGAUGAAGAAUGAGACAUCGCCAGGAAAGAAGACGGGGAGGAGUGUUUCGUCGAUUUUGUCCAGUUCUCUACGCUCCCUCACGGUCGAGACGGCGCCACGCGUCAGUAUCUCUCACCUCAACAAAGUCACGUCGGCAGCUUUCAGCAACGGGGCCAAUCAGCGCCUCAAGACAUUAAAUCUGCAGCAAAAAGCAGCACUGUGUGCUCUGCAUGCCCUCGAGAGGCGAAAUCGCGAGGCGUUCCGAGCUCCUACAUCCAACGUCCCCGGCAGAUCAUCCCCCAGCACGCCAUCAUCAAAGUCCAACAUUACCGCGCCUACCAUCAAGACUUUAUUCGACACAUACGCCCUGCUCUGCAAGCGAUCGGAUGCGGUGGCUCUGCACCCACUUUCUAGCUCCGAAUUUCGCGAAGUAGUGGGCAGUCUAGAGACUUUGUCACUCGUUGCCGCUGUGGAUGGGAAGAAUGGAUCAUUCGUCGCGGGCUCGCAGUCAGGGACGCCAAGCGGCAGAAAAGGUGGACGAAAGGCCGCUUUUGUGGGCGGCACUGCGGAUGACAAGAGAGUUGCCAGCUGUGUUGGUGACAAGGAAAUCAAUCAGGCGGUCGACGGACUCGGGGCCGACAUACUGAAAAGCAUUUUGAGCGGGGAGGCUCUGGACUGA